CUCUGACGCCAUCAGUGUGCGCCGCGCGCGGGCCGUGCCGCCGCCAUGGUGCAGCUCGGGAGCUGCCUCCUGAGGGGCCGCGGCGGCAACGUCGUCAUCCGCUUCGCGCUGGGGGGCUGCACCAACCGCCCGUUCUUCCGCAUCGUGGUGGCCAACAGCAGGCGCCCCCGCGACGGGAAGUACCUGGAGCAGCUCGGCUGCCUUGACCCGCUGCCCAACGCGCACGGCGAGAAGGUGGCGGGGCUCAACCUGGAGCGGCUGCGGUACUGGCUGGGCUGCGGGGCGCAGCUGUCCCGGCCCGCCGAGAAGCUCCUGGGGCUGGCGGGGUUCCUGCCGCUCCACCCCAUGACGGUGACCGCCGCCGAGAGGCUGCGCCGGCAACGACAACGCGAGCAACAGCCCGAGGCUUCCCCUGCGGACAGCACGGCCGGGCCCGGCACCGACACCGCGCCCGGCACCGACACCGCGCCCUGACACGGCCCGGCCGGGAGAGCCUCGAGCGGCCCGGGACAGCGGCGGCCCCGGGACAGCAGCGACCCGGGACUGCACGGGCCUGGCCUGGCCCAGGACUCUCCUGCUCUGUCAGUGCAUCUGGCUCCAUUAAAAUGUUACCUCUA